AUGGGUUCCAAUAAUAAUGUUGUUUUUAGUGAUGAAGAAAAUCAGUUUUCUUGUGGAACUAAUAAAGUUCAACCUUGCUCUUCUACACCAAAAAGGAGUAUUAUUGAUGAUGAGGGAAAGAAGUCAAAUUUUCUCUCAUUCUCUAAAAGGCUGGGCGUUUCUGACUUCUUUUCUUUGGAUGUAUGGAGAGCGUCAAUUGGAGAACUCUUAGGCACAGCGGUUCUUGUUUUCAUGUUGGAUACAAUAGUAAUCUCUACCUUAGAAAGUGACACCAAAAUGCCAAAUUUGAUUUUGUCAAUUCUUGCAGCAGUUAUAAUCACAAUCCUACUCUUGGCGGUUGUUCCAGUGUCUAGAGGCCACAUGAAUCCAAUUAUUUCCUUCUCAGCCGCGCUCGUCGGAAUUAUAUCCAUGUCAAGAGCCAUAAUUUACAUAAUGGCACAAUGUGUUGGUGCAAUUUUAGGUGCACUAGCUCUCAAAGCAGUGAUUAGUUCAUCAAUUGAAGACACUUUCUCACUCGGUGGUUGUACUGUCACAAUAAUUGCACCGGGCCCAAAUGGGCCUGUUAUUGUGGGCCUAGAGACGGCCCAAGCCUUAUGGCUAGAGAUAUUUUGUACAUUUGUUUUUCUCUUUGCUUCAAUUUGGAUGGCUUAUGAUCACAGGCAAGCUAAGGCUCUUGGACAUGUCACUGUCUUGUCGAUUGUUGGUGUAGUGUUAGGUCUUCUAGUGUUUAUCUCGACCACGGUGACCGCCAAAAAGGGCUACGCCGGGGCAGGGAUGAACCCGGCUAGGUGUUUCGGGCCCGCUAUCGUUAGAGGAGGUCACCUUUGGGAUGGACAUUGGAUCUUUUGGGUUGGGCCUAUUAUUGGUUGUGUAGCCUUCUAUGUAUACACAAAAAUCAUUCCAACAAAGCAUUUCAAUGCAGAAUAUGGAUACAAGCAUGAUUUUGUUGGAGUUGUUAAGGCUUUGUUUGGAUCGAAUGUAUAA